ACACGGCAACAUUCAACUCCUCGGCUUUCAACAACACACAGAAAAUUCUGGAACCCAAACCCAUAAUGCACCACGGAGUCACCGCCGCUGGGGAUUGUGGGAAAUCGUGACUGCGGGCCCGGAGAGUGUAGUGUUGUAAUGGCAGCAGCGCUAAAUGAGAGCCACCGACGAUUCCUGCAGACUAUGAUGUCUCAAGGAAUUCUAGAAGGAUCGAUGAUGAGGAAAUUGCACAAACAUUGUUGUGAAACACACAAAGCGCAUUACAGACAUGACCAGUUGGAUGAGUUUAUCAAAAAUAUCAACACCCAUCUACAGCCUCUCUUCAUGGAAAUCAGGAAAGGGAUGAGUGAGGAUGAUGGACAACAAUAUUACGCUCUGAUUAACCUUGCGGAGACAGAGAUCACCAGGAUGGCAUUUGAUUACACAGAAACUGAGUUGGAACUGUUCAAGAAAACUAUGGACCUAGUUUUAGAGUCAGAAAAUGGCAUGGUCUCUUCUACAGACAUCCUAAAUCUGGCAGAUCAACUACAACCCAAAAAAAUGAAGAAGAAAGAAGUGGAACAAGUGCUGCAGCGAUUUGUGCAGGAAAAGUGGCUCUGUGAGAAUGAUGGUGAGUACAUUCUGAGCACUCGUUGCAUUAUGGAACUGGAACAAUACAUUCGCAACAUGUACCAGGACCUUGUGAAGGAGUGCAACAUCUGUCACAACAUCACUAUUCAGGGCCAAACAUGUGAGGUUUGUGGAGCCAAAAUUCAUUUCCCCUGUGCUGCAAAAUACUUCCGAGGUCGGGAUGAACCAUGCUGUCCAAACUGUAGGCGGUUUUGGCCUCAUGAAAUCCCGGACGUCAGCAGGUCUGAACAAUCCAUGCCACCACCUUCCUCCACACCAAAGAUGCGACGCCGAUAUCAGGAAUGAGGCAGUAAGAGAAAAAGAAGCAAAGUGAAAUGUCAUAUCGGCAGAGCUGAGAUUGAGAAAGAAGAUUGUGUUGAGAUGAAAUACACUUUAAACUGGUGUAAAAGGAUGACACUACUGAUUUUUUUUCUACCUUUUACUUUAACUGCACAUUGCUUUAAAAUACAAGAUACAUCUUGUUCCCAUUACUUUUUGCUGUACAGCUACUGAUUAGACCACUGCAGCACUGUACCACUUAACAAUUUGCAUACAGUGUGUGCUAAACUGCGACAUGAGAUUACAUGGUGAAAGAUGAGGUAACAGGUGACUCUUGGAAGUUACCAUUGUGGUCCACCUUAGAGAGUGAUUAGCAUAAGAAAUCAAGUUUCCAUCAAGGAUACUAUGCAAUGGAAAAAGGAAUAAUUAUUUGCUAGUAAAUAAACUAAUUCCUUUUAAA